ACGGUGCCACCAUUCCGCGACGAACCGUAGCCAGCACUGGCGUCUGGCACUGCUCUACUACCUCGCCUUCCUCAACUAGGACAGGCACAGCCCACACACUAUCCGCCGCCACAGCAGGCACACACGCGCCCCGCCCCGCCCGCCUACCCAGGACCAUGGAGAUUUCGAGGGGGAAGCCCGGCUUCAACGGCGUGGCCGCCGGCGCCGGCUCCUUCAACGGCAGCAGCCGCCGGGCCAGCUACAUGGACGCGGGCGCCGCGGGGGCUGGCGGAGCCCGGACGGCGCCUGUGGACGCGUGCGGCGUGGCGCUGCGUGUGUUCGUGCUGGCGGCGACGCUGGUUGCCGCGGUGGUGAUGGGCGUGGACCGGCAGACGACGACCGUCAAGGUGACGCUCGCCGACACGCUGCCGCCGCUGCAGGUGCCCGUCACCGCUAAGUGGUCCUACUCCUCCGCCUUCGUGUACUUCGUGGUGGCGAACGCGAUGGUGUGCGCGUUCUCGGCAUUGGCGCUGGCGGCGUGCCGCAGGCGCCGCGCGGUGGUGGCCGUGAUGGUGGGCGACCUGGUGGCGCUGGCGCUGCUGUUCUCCGCGGUGGGGGCGGCCGCGCAGUUUGGCAUCCUCGGGGAGCGCGGCAACUCGCAUGUGCGCUGGCCCAAGUUGUGCAACGUCUACGACCGCUUCUGCGAGCGCGCCAUGGCCGCCGUCAUCGUCUCCCUGCUCGCCGCCUUCGCCAACCUCGUCCUCCUCAUGCUCACAAUCCUCGACGUCCACAAGAACUCAUCCUACUACUAGCUAGGAAAGGAAGAAACAGAGCAAAAAUAAGGUGGUGGUAAUUAAAAAAAGGUUCAGUUCUUCUGUUCUUGGGUGCCGAUGGGAGACGGCAAUUAGAUAGAGAUCAGAUGGAUGAGCCGUUUCGAUGCAUGUAGGAACAGAGCCAUUUCCUCGUUGGAUGCUAGUCAUCAGUGCGUACUAAUAAGUAGCUGACGAGAUAUAUGUGAAUCAUAGUUAACAGAUAUAUGUGAGGCGAGAUGGUGUUUCUGUUCAUUUCAACAGAUUUCAUUACUAUGCUGAAAUUUUCCUUUUUUUU